AUGCUCGACUGGGCGGCGCUGUGGCCAUGCGCGCGCCUGCAGCAAAAGUACGCGCUCGUGGCGUACCUCCUGCACAUCCUCCACCACGCGCUCUGCGCCAAGAAGCCGCGCCUGUACAAGCAAGACAACCCGGUCACGGCGCGGCUGCUCGCCAAAUGCAGCCUCCUGCUGGAGACAUACCAUCCGAGCUGGUUUCUCUUCAACGGGCACAUGCAGACGAUUCUGGUCGCGAUGGGCUGCGACGCGCCGCAGGUGAAGUACAAGCGCGAGAUCUUGAGCUUGUCGGACGGCGGUAUCGUGUCGCUGGACUGGGCGCAACAUCCCAAUGGAGAUACGUACGGCCAUGACCAUCCGACGGUGCUGCUCCUGCACGGCUUGACGGGUGGUAGCUCCGAGAUUUACAUUCGCAUGACGGCGGUGAAGCUCAUGCAAGCCGGGUGGCGCGUGGUUGUCAUGAAUGCCCGUGGCUGCGCCAAGACACCGGUCGUGACCGCCAAGCUCUUUUGCGCCGCGUACACGCAAGACGUGCGCGAGACCGUCCGGUAUCUGCGCGAAGAGCAUCUGCCGACGGCGCCCCUGGUUGCCGGUGGCUUCUCGCUCGGCUCCAACAUCCUCCUCAAAUACGUUGGCGAGGAAGGCGAGAGCUGCCUCCUCACUGGCGCCAUCUCGGUCGGAAACCCCUACGACCUCCUCGCCUCGAACCGGAACCUCAUGCACUCGUGGCUGCACAACCUCUUGUACCGCAGCGCACUUACAACCAACCUUGUGACGCUCUUCUUUGAAAAGUCCAAUGCCCACACCCACUUUGUGCAACACCCCGCUAUCGACCUCAACCACCUCCGCAGUGCGCAGAGCGUCUGGGACUUUGACGACCGCCUCACGCGCCACGUGUUUGGGUACGCCACCGUGAGCGACUACUACCGCGACGCAUCGUGCAGCCAGUACCUCAAGCACAUUCGCAUCCCGACGCUGUGUUUGACGGCGGAAGACGACCCGAUCUCGAUCCACACCGGCAUCCCGUACGACGACUGCGAGGCGAACCGCCACAUCGUGCUGGCCGUGACCGAGCGUGGCGGCCACCUCGGUUUCUUCACGGGCGGCAGCGUUGUCGCCUUUCCGGAUAUGUGGGCGUCCAACGUCUUUGUCCAGUUCUGCAACGCAGUGGAAGACCUCGCGUCCAACGCGAUUCCUCUCGAGCGGCCUGGUGUCUCGGUGCUCGGCCGGCUCUUCCAGCCCGGCAUCAAGCCGUCGUCUCCCGGCCCCACGUACGAUCCAUCGCCAUGCGAAGCGCCCUGUAGCACCACCGCGCAAUGGGUGUGCGUCACCCUUGCGCUUGGUCUCGGCGCCAAGGCAGUGUACGACCGCCGGUCGACCUUGCUCGGCACGCGCAUCGGGUGGUAUUAA